AGCCCCCACCAACCACCACCCACAUCUCCAAUUUGAAAGCCGCCUCUCUACCGGGAGAGGAAGGCUCUUUUUCGGUCAGAUGGCGUGCUGCAGUCCGCCCCCGUCAUUCUCCAGCCCACACAGACAGGGCAGCCAGCAACCAAUACGCUGCGCCGGAGGAGGUUUUCUGCCAGUGAUUUCAGACGAGGUACGAUACGCAAAGGGGAUUUACUACGCCAAUCUGCGCCGGGGAAGCUUUCGGCGAUAGGCAACAGGUUUCAGUCCGGGAGUAACGACCUGUGACAUCGGGCGGCAGGAGGGACACCUUCCCCUUAUUACGUCUCUGUGCACAUCCGUCUACCCGAUCUGAGGAAGGUUCAUGUCUUUCCUUUCUCCUGCCUAAACUUUCCAGUGCCGUGUGCCAUGUCUCUGCCACGCACACUUGGGGAGUUGCAGCUCUAUCGGGUGCUGCAGAGGGCCAACCUGCUGGCCUAUUAUGAAACCUUCAUCCAGCAGGGUGGCGAUGACGUGCAGCAGCUCUGUGAGGCAGCAGAGGAGGAGUUUCUGGAGAUCAUGGCACUAGUUGGCAUGGCCACCAAGCCACUGCAUGUGCGUAGGCUGCAAAAGGCCCUCCGAGACUGGGCGGCGAACCCUGCCCUUUUCAGCCAGCCCGUGUCGAACGUUCCUCUCGGGGGCAUCCCACUCUUCAAAGUGGACAGCGCCAGUGGACCAGCAGGCGGGCCCAGGAAGUCUGUGAGCAAUGGGCAGCCUGGGUCUCCGUGUGAAAGGGAGGAUCGUGCGUGUCUUACUCCAAUGCACAGUGGGAGUCCAAGAAGCCCCUGCUCCCAGGCCUCCCCACAGCCACCGGACACACACUACAGGGAAAAACUGUCACCCAUGGACCCACACUGGCUCAGCCCAGAGCCUGAUGGGAACUGCACGUUGGCUUCUGCUUCUGGGAUAGAGGAGGAGCCGCCCAGCCCACCUCUGCUCUCGACGUGUCACCCGGGUCCCUCCACGUCUCCGAGCCCCUCUGCCUCUUUCGCCCCGGCGGUCCUGUCAGCCUGGCCCGGAGGCCAGCUGGAUGGGGAGACGGCGAGGGCGGUGGUGGAGAGUGUGGAGAGGCUCCUCAGGACCCUACCCAGGUCAGAUCCUGCAGAAGUAAAGACUUUGCUUAGGAUGAACAAGAAGAUGGCAAAGACUGUGGGGCACAUCUUCAAAAUGGGGUCCCAGGAUGUGAACAAAGAAGAAGAGAUCCGGAAGUACAGUCUCAUUUAUGGACGCUUUGACUCCAAGAGGAGAGAAGGGAAGCAGCUCACACAUCAUGAGUUGAUCAUCAAUGAAGCUGCAGCCCAGUUCUGUAUGCGCGACAAUGCCCUUUUGCUGAGACGGGUGGAACUCUUUUCUUUGGCUCGGCAGGUGGCAAGAAAAUGUGCCUACACCUCCACACUAAAGCAUGCAAGGACAAAUGCAGAUGAGAACAGCGUACUGUCCCAGAAGAGAGCGAGAUACGAGAUAAUUGUGCCUGAGAGCGUGUCAUCACUUCUCGGAGUGGAGGGCUCGGAGGGCUUGAACCAGCGGGGAGAUGAUGACAGCUUAUCUGCAGAGAGCCUUGACAGUGUAUCACAUGACAUCGGCUCACAGUGCAACCAGUCUCCAUCCCCCCGUCCCCACACUGACACCUCCAACCCUGCCAACUGGAGUCGCCAUCUCAUACAGCAAACGCUAAUGGACGAAGGGCUGCGAUUGGCUCGGAUGGUGUCACAUGAUCGGGCUGGCAAGCUCAGCCUAGGGUCAGAAGGAACUCACUCUACAGACCUUGACAGUAAAGUGGAGAGGCGGAGCUCGAUAACACCGUGCAGGAGCAGUAGCCCUUGCAUCACCAAAGACGACUCUAAUCACCGCGGGAAAUGAAAACGCUCAGCUGUUUGUCAGGGAACUUGUUCUCAGGCCUGCCACUGAACUCCACUCAGCCACACAGGCUGUUGCUGAGCAGGCUUUUCCCCGUCUACUCGCAUCACUGACAUCUGAUGAGGAGGAGACUCUGAUCAAAAUCAAUACAGUAAAUGUCAAAAAUUACCAGCGACCGAUAUCAUAAACCUGCAGUGACUGAACACUGAAGUUCAAAAUGUCCUGUUUUGACAUUAUAUUCAGUAAGUAUGUAGGGGAGACACUUUAUUUUUUAAAUACGUGGACUACACGUCCUGCUGAGGAUGGAAAAAUUAAUGGAUUUUGUCAGGAAAAGGCUGAUAUUUUGGCAAAUUAGUCAGUUUGUUGUGAGAAGUGUGUUUAAAGUGUCACCUGUUUCAGAUGAAAUGGGCUCGACACAGCAGGGGGCACUGCAACUUUGGAAAUUGACUCUCUUAACUUACUCCAGUAACAUGCUGUAGUUAUGUAACGGGACAAUGUGGUUUAGUUGGGAGACUUUUAUUUACAUUUCCAGCAAGUUACAACAUAAAAACAGUCAGAUUACGUUCUAAGCAGCUUCUCACCCUCAGGAAACAAAUGGAUGUUCUGGGUUUUGAAGUCACCGUGUUAGAUAUUCUUUAGGAUUUAAAGAUGAGGAUGAAUAAAGUUAGUAAAUAAAAGAGGGUUUGUGAUAUAAGUUGAUCUAGAUAACACGCAAACACAGCCGUCAGAUUCACAAGCCUUGUGUCCUUUGCUGCAUUAACUAAUCGCCCAUGAGGGCAUGCUGAGGUUUAUUAGAUAUAAAGCCAUGGGUCUUCAUCAUCCACUCCCUCACAUCCUUCGGUAAUGAUAUUUUGCACAAGCGGCUGAUAUGGUGUUUGCAAGAGAUAAUUCUUCAGGCUUUUCAUUAUCUUUAAUCAUGUGAAGAUACACACCUAUUCUAAACCCAGCGGCAUGAAAAUAAGAAUGCAGCUUUAUUGAUUUGCAGUCUUUAAGUUUCAGUUGCCUCUCUCUCUACAGUGAAAUCAGGUUUCAGGCUCAGCUACAGUGUCUUGCUCAAGGGCCCUUCAGCAGGGAGGAUGCUUGCUGUCGUCCGCUGCUUUUCCCCUCUCAUCUUUACUUUAUCUCUUGUUCCCAAUGGGUGCCAUUGUACAGCCUUUCUGCAUUCAAAACAGCAUUGCAAGAUUUAGAGAAUAAAAAAAAAAGACAUUUGCCACACAAGCAUUUUUCAGAAAAUGUGGUGGUUUGUGUAGAUUUUUUUAGGUGUAGCGGAGACUUACAACAUGGCAGUGUGUUUUUGGGAUGAUUUCUGUAGUCUUAGAUAUUAACUAGGUGAACCUUAUGUUAGUUUCCCUUUUGAAAAACAGUUCUUUUGUCCUUUGAGGCUUAUAGUAAAUUAGGGUGACUAAUCUUUCUUUACUUACCUACUUAAGUUUUAGAAAAAGAAAAAAAAGACAUGCAGAUGUUUCAAGGAAGAAAUCUCAUGGUGCUUGACUCUUGAUACAGCAGCUCCUACAAGCAACGUCAGCCUGUUCGGCCCAGUUGUAAAUUGUUAAAGUGUAUUCAGAAUUCAUGUAAUGACGAGGCUCAUAUCGAUAAUGAUUACAACUUUUUUGAUUUUUGUAUACUUAACCACAGAGUAUGUCGGUGAGGUAGCUUGCUGUGCAUCAGUUACACCUGCCUGUCUCUUGAACAUUAGUAACUUCCUCAGUUUAUUAUGUUGCAAACAGAUUAUUUAUUUUGUUACAUCUCAAUAAAUGUUAUUUUAUUGCUUAAAACCACAGCGUGUUGCAUU